AUGGUGCCGCCGCCUCCGCCGAGCAGGAGAGGAGCGGCCAGGGCGCAGCUGGGCAGGAGCCUGGGGCCACUGCUGCUGCUCCUGGCUCUGGGACAUACCUGGAGCUACCGAGAGGAAUCAGAGGACGGCGACAGAGAAAUUUGCUCUGAAAACAAAAUAGCGACGACCAAAUACCCGUGUCUGAAGUCUUCCGGUGAGCUCACCACGUGUUUCAGGAAAAAGUGCUGCAAAGGGUAUAAAUUUGUUCUUGGACAAUGCAUCCCAGAAGACUAUGACGUUUGUGCGGAGGCUCCCUGUGAACAGCAGUGUACAGACAAUUUCGGCCGAGUGUUGUGCACGUGUUACCCAGGAUACAAAUACGACCGGGAGAGACACCGGAAACGGGAGAAGCCAUACUGCCUGGAUAUUGACGAGUGUGUCACUAGCAAUGAGACACUCUGUGUACACAUCUGCAUCAACACCCUGGGCAGCUACCGCUGUGAAUGCCGGGAUGGCUACAUCCUGGAGGAAGACGGGAAGACGUGCACCAAGGGAGACAAAUACCCCAAUGACACUGGGCCGGACGAGAAGACCGAGAACGCUGUGCAGGCUCGGACGUGCUGCGCCUCGUGCAAAGAGUUCCACCAGAUGAAGCAGACAGUGCUGCAGCUGAAACAGAAGAUAGCCCUGCUUCCCAACAAUGCUGCAGACCUGGGCAAAUAUAUGACUGGCGACAAGGUGCUGGCCUCAAACACCUACCUUCCUGGACCACCUGGCCUGCCUGGGGGCCAGGGCCCUCCCGGUUCACCUGGACCAAAGGGGAGCCCAGGCUUUCCAGGAAUGCCAGGCCCACCUGGGCAGCCUGGUCCACGGGGCUCAAUGGGACCCAUGGGACCCUCUCCUGAUCUGUCCCACAUUAAGCAAGGCCGGAGGGGCCCUGUGGGUCCACCAGGUGCACCAGGAAGACAUGGUUCCAAGGGGGAGAGAGGCGCACCUGGGCCCCGAGGGUCUCCAGGACCUCCUGGUUCUUUCGACUUCCUGCUGCUGAUACUGGCUGAGAUCCGCAAUGACAUCACCGAGUUGCAAGAAAAGGUGUUCGGGCACCAAACUCAGUCUUCAACAGAGGAGGUCCCUUUACAUCAGCAAUUUUCCAGCUACCCAGAAACCAUGGAUUUCAGCUCUGGAGAUGACUACCCAAAGAGAACUGAGACAAGAGCCUUAGGAACCCCUAGAGACUUUUAUCCUUAA